GGAGAGGCGAACCCGACACGCUACCUGGGCGCAGGUGAGCGCCGCCGGUCGUCACUCGGUGGCUUCGCGCCCGGAUGGAGGGGGCCCAGGCGGCACCCAGAGGAGGCCGAGCCGGGGCCGCGAUGCCCAUGGAGCCCUUGGAAAACCCGGUGCAGCCGCAGGCCCCCGUAGAGGAGCGGCGCCUAGGAAGCCCCGAGAGCAGCCCGGCCGCGGCCGCGCAGGAGGCGCCCGGCCCGGACCCGGACCCCUCGGGCGGACAGAAGCUGCCCUCGCCUCGCCCCGCGCGCCUGCGGCUGCUGCCCGCCGGCCUCGGCUACGGCGCCUUCCGCCGCCCGCUGUCCGCGGCCCCCGAGCCGCCGUCGCCGGGCCCCGCGGCGGCCGAGCAGCCCCGGGAUGGCGAGGCGGCGGGGACCGAGCUGGUGCCCAGGGCGGCGCCAGAGGAGCCGGGGCCCGGCAGCUGGGCGCCCGUGGAGCUGCAGGUGGACGUGCUCGUGAAGCCCGUGGGCGCGGCCGGCGGCAGCCACGCGCCCUCGCCCGCGCCCUCGCGGCGCUUCAUCACCGUCCCGGUGCCCGAGCCGCCCGCCUCCCCCCGCCACGCCGCGCCCGCGGGCCCGCUGCUGCCGCGCACCGCGUCCCUGGGCAGCGCGUGGAGCCGCGGCUCGCCGCUGGCGGCCCCCCGGGCGGAGCACGGCCUCGCCGCGGAAGAGGGAGCGGCGGCCCCGGGCGCCCCCGCGUGCCGCUGCCGCUGCCAGGAGCCGGGCAGGGAGGACGCCGCGAUGCUGCAGCGCACCGAGCCGGACGGCGACCUGAAGCUGCACCGGGCCAUCAGGCUCAUAGGGCUGCCCAUGUACAUGAAGUCCCUGCGCUGGGCCCUGGUGGUCAUGGCUGUGCUGCUGGCGGUGUCCACGGUCGCCGUUGUGGCCCUGGCCUCUAGAACAGGGGCCAGGUGCCGGCCGUGUCCCCGUGGCUGGCUGUGGUCCGGGGAGCACUGCUACUACCUCUCCACUGAAGCUCAAGCCUGGGAGGCCAGCCAGGCUUUCUGCUCCGCCCACCGUGCCACCCUCCCCCUGCUGACCCACACCCAGGCUCCCGGAGGAAGACAAGGACCAGCUGGGUCUGAAGUGCGCAGGCCUGGAGGGAGGCAAGCUCGUGGCUUUGGACUGCGCCUCUUCAAGACCCUGGGUCUGUGCCCAGGGGACCAAGUGACUGGGAUUCUGCCCGUUCCAACCCUGUGGGGGCAUACAGUUGCCCCCAGGGGGGGGGGCUGUUCCCUGGACCUAGGCUCCUGCUGCUCCCUGCUCGGUGCCUGGGGGCCCUGCCUGAGCGAAGAUCACUCUGGGGAAGGCUUUCUGUGGCCCAUCUUCCAUCUUCGCCUCCACCUGCUCAAGAGGACUUGUUCAGAGACCUUGAGAUUUUUUGUUGUUGUUGCAUUUGAGCCUUGGUCUCUCCCUUAUGAAAAUGGUCAUUACCCAUUCUCUCCCUUACCUGCUAAUCACAAUGUACCCUUCAGCCUAGGAGCGGCAAGGGUUAGUGAUCACAGGUGAGUCCCACUGGAGUGGACAUCAAGCCAUGAAAUGAGUGUUCCACUGGUUUGUGGCCAGAGGGCUUGUCAGCAGUGACAUCCUUUGCUAUAAAUACCAUUUCCAGGCGGAGGGGCACACAGCUGACAACCCGUGUCAGCGAGUGCGAAGUGGUGGCCCCCGGAGAGGAAGAGGGAGGUUGCACACUGAUGGCCAAGGCUGGGCCGAUGCAGAGGAGAGGACCACCGUGGUAGGCGAAGUUCCUGCAAAGCGUGGGGUCCAACAGGAGGCUGUACCAGCGUCUAAUCUCUGUGCCGAGCAUUCCACACAACAAUUUUUGAUACAAACCAACUUUCCAUCCUCCUGGGAGAAGCCUGUGUCGGUCCAUGUAAACCAGUAGCUUGUACAGAAUGUAUGGGCCAUCCGGGAGCAAGAGAUGGCGAGUCCUAAACAGCACACUUGACACGCAAUAAGUCUUAGGAGCACCUUGGGUUCUCAUUCCAACUGCAAAUUAACCCCAGGGCUUGAUACCAUGUUCGAUUUCCACUCACUUCAAAGCCCUUCUCAGCACACAUCCUGCGCCUGGUGCAUCAGACCGGUUCAACAUCAGGAGCCCUUGCGUUCCUCCCAGGUUCGGGGCAGAGUACCAGGGCUUGGGGAUCCCAGGACACAGGUGCCCGGAGUGGUGCUGAGGGCUGGGAAUCUGAAAGAUACUUAGCUGCACUUGGUGAAGAAGGGGAGUAAGAGAAUGAGCUUAUUAGGACAUUACUAGUUUCUGUCCAAAGUUGGCAAACCAA